UGGCAUCCAGAAGAAGCUCCAGUACUCAGCAGCUCUUCUUCUCUCCACUCUCCUAAACAAACACAGAACUAUAAAGUCAGGGAGAAAACGCACUGCUGCUCAGAAUGCGAGAAUAGCUUCACCAUACCGAGUAGCCUCCAGCUACACCAGUGCAUCCACACAGGAGAGAAACGGUAUCACUGCUCAGACUGCAGACAGAGUUUCACUGUGCAGAGCAGUCUGCAAAGACACCAGCGCAUCCACACUGGACUGAAACCGUAUCACUGCUCUGACUGUGGAAAGAGCUUUAGAGACCGAGGGAAUCUCAAAACACACCAAUACGUCCACACAGGAGAGAAGCUGUUUCGAUGCUCGGACUGCGGGAAGAGCUUUACUGUACAGUGCGGCCUCCAAAGACACCAGCGCAUCCACACUGGAGAGAAACCGUUCUACUGCUCUGACUGUGAGAAGAGCUUCCGGCACUCCAACACCUUUAAAGCACACAAGUGCGCGAGGAGAGAGGAGGAAAGUCCUGGCUAAUGAGUUUUUCUAAUAAAUAACUUUUUUGUUAUGGUUUUUCUGGUUCACAUGAAUAGUGUAACCUAAUUUUUCAUAAAAUGUGUUUGAAUAAAGGCAAGUAAGAAAAAGAAA